AUGCCUGAGCUUCCUAAGCCUGAAUUGCCACAUCUACCGGAAAUCCCAACUUUAUCUAAACCUGAACUCCCUGAAAUUCCAAAACCCGAGCUGCCAACUUUGCCAAAGCCCGUAUUGCCAGAAAUUCCAAAGCCGGAGUUGCCAACAUUGCCAAAGCCUGAACUGCCAACAUUGCCAAAACUCGAGAUUCCUGCCAUUCCUAAGCCUGAACUGCCAACUUUGCCAAAGCCAGAAAUCCCUCAAUUGCAGCCUCAGUUCAGAAGAAAUAUUUGUGUGAUUGUUCUGUUGUCAGUUCACUACUCCUGCUACACAAUUCAAGCAGAAGCACGCCAUCUUCUUGAAGUAACUAUGCCCGAGCCUCCUAAGCCUGAAUUGCCACAUCUUCCGGAAAUCCCAACUUUGCCUAAGCCUGAAUUCCCCGAAAUUCCAAAACCCGAGCUGCCAAUUCUGCCGAAGCCCGAGUUUCCAGAAAUACCAAAGCCGGAGUUGCCAACAUUUCCAAAGCCUGUACUACCAACGUUGCCAAAACUCGAGAUUCCUUCCAUUCCUAAGCUUGAGCUACCAACUUUGACUAAGCCUAAAAUCCCUCAAAUGCCUCAGAAGCCUUGA